AAUGUAUCGAUAAGUGUCUAUGCAAAUAUCGAACAGUAAAACAAAAAGAACGCGUCUCCGAAAAAGCGCUGAAACUAAAUAAUAGAAUGGAACUAUCGCCCAUUAAUCAAAUUGAGGACAGAAAACCAACAUUAACUGCCGACGGUUUGGUGCAAACGUCAAAUUCACCAUUUGAGCAAACAUCAACAACUACAACAACGACAGCAGCAGUAACUGCGGUGACAGCAGCAUCAGCAGCAGCAACAACAACAACGACAACCGUUUCACAGGAGACGCAAACAUCGAACGGCAUCGGAAUCGGCAUCGGCGGACCGCUGACAGUUGAUCAGCUGGAUAUCGAAAUAUUGCCAAUCAUUUACGAUAUUGUGCGCUGCGUGGAAAAAGAUCCCUUGGAGAACGCUGUGAAGCUGCGCGAAUCGCAGGACUGCAAUCAUAAGAUCUUUGAGCUGCAAAAGCGCUUCGAUUCAGCGCGUGAGCAAAUAAAGCAGCUGCCGGGCAUCGAUUACAACAAGGAGGAGCAACUGCAGCGUUUGGAACUGUUGCGCAGUCAACUAAAGCUCAAGCAGCAGCUCAUACGCAAGUACAAGGAUAACGAAUUCUAGAAAAGCAUUCUCACC